GUCGCGUAUAUUUAAAAUGAAUCGGUGAUUUUAUCAAUCACGAUUCUCUGUUGCUUUCAUUUUAAACGGUCUUCAUAAAUCAAACCUUUUUAGUUUAUCAGUUUACAAUUUUCAUAGUUCUCCGUGGAGCAAAAUUUUCACCAUGCAGACUGUCUGGUUUUUAGCUUUCGUCAAAAUUGCUCUUGCAGUCACUCAUAAUUGCCACAAAGAUCCUCCGUUUUGCAUAGAUCUUGCUAUUCAUGGCGUAGAUUCGGCACUUUGCCGUGAGUUGUUAGCAUUGGACUGUAGCCAUUUACAUCAUGGCGGUGGCGGUGGUCAACACAUGGAUAGCACGCAGCCAGUAUGUGGUACGGACGGCGUGUCAUAUCCACACCAUUGCGAAUUUGCAAAAGAAAGAUGCAGGGUUAUUCUACAAACAAACAAUAAUGUGAACGGACAGCAAGUGUUCAAACUAGACAUUGCUCACGAUGGCGUCUGCACUCUGGCGACAGCAGCACCGAUUCCAAAUUGCGUAAACAACAGCUGCCUUGACCCGAGUCUCAGUGGCCCAGCGGUCCAGCAAUGCCUUCAAAUAUUGAAACUGCCGUGUACGACUGGCUCGGCCGUCUGUGGAACAGACGGAAAAACAUAUACACAUGACUGUGAUUUAGCGAAGGCUCAUUGCUUGAAUGUCAACCUGACAAAGGCCCACGACGGAACAUGUGGAGUCUCCACCCAACAGACAUCGCAGACGACACAAGCAUCAACUAACGCUUCGUCUACAAGUCCGUCUUCGGUCCCGACAACUCCCCCACCUCCGACCACCUCAACCUUGCCUCCAACGACAACAAUGUCUGUGACGGACAUCCUCGUGACUGUCUUCUGCCAGAACGUGGACUCCAUCAGCUGCAACACCGGGUUCAAUGUGAUCUGCGGUUCCGAUGGAACUUACUACCCUAACGAGUGCGAGUUAAGCAAAGAAUCGUGCAAACAGAAAGGUUUACACAUAAUGCCGGACGCAAGUUCAUGUACCGUUCCAUCAGGCUAGGUUGUCAUGUAGUUAAUGGAAUAACGUUGUUAGAUACAAACUAAACACUAUUCAUAGCUUAACGUUAUGUCUUGCCAUACAAUAUAAUAAAAUCCGAUUCUGCUGAACCACA